GUGCCAGCCCGCGACACUGUGUCACGGUCACGCCAUGGCCUCAGCUGGCUGGAUCAGUACGUUCCAUUCUGUGGUGUCGGUCGGAGCAGAACGGAGGUUAGGUCCACAGAUCCGUCUCUCAGCGCCUCGAUCGACGACAUGAGCGGCGGGGUGGACGUUGCUCCGGUGGGCUCCCCAGCGACCACUCCACCCGCUGGAGAGCCCCUCACGCAGUUCUUCCACCAGAGCCCGGGGCACUGCUGCACGUCUUUCGCGGCUAUCAACAUGAUGCGGCAGAACGCGCAGCUCUGUGACGUGGUGCUGAAGAUCGGCGUCGACUCCAUUCGCGCCCACAAGGUGGUGCUGGCGUCGGUCAGCCCGUACUUCUACGCGAUGUUUAACGACGACAUGGCGGAGAAGCUGCAGGAGGAGGUGACGCUGCACGACGUGGACGCCACGGCGCUGCAGCUGCUGGUGGAGUACUCUUACACGGGCGAGAUCCUCAUCACAGAAGACAACGUGCAGGUCCUGCUGCCUGUUUCCAGCCUCCUGCAGAUCAGCUCGGUGCGAGAGGCCUGCUGCAAGUUCCUCAUGAGACAGCUCCACCCCUCCAACUGCCUCGGCAUCCGGAGUUUUGCAGAUGCGCAUGCGUGCAAGGAACUGCACCGCCGGUCGCACCGGUUCGCCCUGCAGAAUUUCCAGGAAGUGACGGGCACAGAAGAGUUCCUGCUGCUUCCAUUCAGCGAGGUGGAGGGGCUCGUCUCAAACAGCCAGCUGAACAUCGCAUCGGAGGAAAGGGUCUUCACCGCCGUCAUGAACUGGGUCAAUCACGACCUGGCCGACAGAGAGCAGCACGUUGCCCAGCUAAUGCGACACGUCCGCUUGCCGCUGGUGGCCCGCGACUUCCUCAUGAGCUACGUGGACUCGGAGGCGCUGGUCCGUGAGAACACGGAGUGCAAAGAGCUACUGCUGGAAGCCAUGAAGUACCACCUUCUUCCCGAACAGAGGUCAGCACUGGCCACGGAGCGCACCGUCGAGCGACGUCCAGAGGGAAUGCGGCCCUACUUGUUUGCUGUGGGUGGCGGGUCCCUGUUCGCGAUCCACAGCGAGUGCGAGUGCUACAGCCCGCGGACUGACCGCUGGUUGCCAAUCGCGCCCAUGGUUUACCGGCGCAGUCGAAGUGGGGUCACCAGCCUGGGCAAGCUGCUCUACGUGGUGGGCGGGUACGACGGCGCCUCUGACCUCGCCUCCGCCGAGAGCUACAAUCCGCAGGUGAACAAGUGGACCGCCAUCACCCCGAUGGGCACCAAGAGGAGCUGUCUCGGGAUCUGCGGCUUUGACGGGCUGCUUUACGUGUGUGGGGGGUACGACGGCGCGUCGUGCCUCAGCAGCGUGGAGCGCUACGACCCGCUGACGGGGGUCUGGAGCUCGUGCCCCGCCAUGACCAUGCGUAGGCGCUAUUGUCGCGUGGCUGUUGUCGAGAACUGCGUGUAUGCGCUCGGAGGAUUCGAUUCCACCAAUUAUCAGUCAAGUGUUGAGCGGUUCGACCCGCGAAUGGGGCGGUGGUCCCCGAUGCCAUCUAUGAGCAGUCGACGCAGUAGCUGUGGCGUGGCCCCGCUGGAUGGGGCUCUGUACUGCAUUGGUGGGAAUGAUGGGACCAUGUGUAUGUCCAGUGGGGAGAGACUCAACAUCAGGAGGAAUGCCUGGGAGCCGAUAUCAGCCAUGAACUCGAGAAGGUCUACGCACGAGGUGGUGGAGAUUGAAGGCUGCCUGUACGCUGUUGGAGGGAACGAUGGAAGCUCUUCGCUUAACUCUGUGGAGCGGUUUGAUCCGAAACCCAACAAGUGGACACUGGUGACAUCUAUGCUGACUCGUCGCAGCUCUGUAGGAGCUGCAGUACUCGAAUGCCUUAAUCUAGAGAAGGGGAUUGCAGCCGCUAAAAACAUGUGACUACGGUGGCUGACUUCCAUGUGUCUGUGUGUACAAUAAUUCAGAACUGACGAAGACUUGUCAGGUCCUGUUCUCUACAUGCAAACAGUGCCCAGAGUUUGAAAAUGACAACCUAUACAUUUCAAAAUUACUUUAAACAUGAGGUUUCACUUCCCAGUUAUCAGACUGGUGAUGCUGAUACAUAACAUUAGCCAACCUACAACCAACAGUGUUUUCAAAACAGUCAUCCCUGAAAGGACAUUUAUAAAAUAGCAUGUCACAUGACUAAAUGACAAAUCAGGAAGAGUUCCAUCUGAAGCGGUCAUGAACUAUUUCAUGGCAUUAUUCCAGCACGUGCCUGGAGGGACUGAGUAAAACACAAAAACCUGGCCUUUCAGCUGAGUUCCUGCCACAGAGGACAGGCUGACCUUCGAAGCACGAGCAAUGUCACAGGUUGAAGACCAAACAGGACUUGACAAGGGCACCUUGCAGUCUGAGAACAUCAUGGGGCAUGUCCCCAAUACACUGUAUUCACUGCCAGAACCAGAUGGAAAGUACGGCAAAGUGCACCGACAGUUUCCGAGACAUGACACGCAGAAUGAAAGACACCUUAGCCGAGCACAGAACAACAGCACCCCAUGGCGAACAAUCUUUCGGAUGAUUAAGAGAUUUCCUGCUUUAACUGAAUUCAAAGAAACAUCACUGCUGGACCAAUUCACAUAUCAAAAAUCUAUUUCUCUUUGAUCCACUAAUUGUAUCCUCUCGUUUAUAUUCAGGUGCUCCGCCAAGAAUUUAAAUACCAAAACUUUGUAAACAUUUCGUGUUUCCUCUUUACGAAGUCUCCGGAAUGAGAAAGUGCUCUCUCCUUUGUCAUUUAAUCACGCUGAACACAAGUAGCAGUGCUGCCAACACUGAACAAGUCAGUGUACUUUGCCUUCUUUAAGCGUAAGUGUUAUUACACGGGGGGACCAAUGACAUGCAAAGAGGUGCCAUGCCUGUGUGACACUGGUGCUCAGUGCACGAGGACAGACAAAAGAGCGCGCACCUGACGAGAGACAGGCCGGAGCAAGGUGCCGGUUCACCCUGGCAUCUUAAAAGCGAGAGCCAGUAUUUUUGUAUCACUUUCCGAGUUGCACGUACAGACUUUCACUCUGUGAUGCGAGGAACGUGAAACGACAAAGGGGCGUCUGACACUGCAAUGGAGACCGCAGUUCUCCAUCCGCAGUUCACUGUUAUUUUUGUUACUUAAGACAAUCAGCAACUGAAAGACGACUGAUAAAUAAUUAUCAGGUUAUUUAAUGAAUAUUGGUCAGGAUAAACAGUGACCCGGCUGCUAGACCAGAUGACGCUCGUUUUUGGUUGCUUGGGGUCUGAAAGAAUUAACUUAGACUCUGACUUGAAGCCAGCACACAAGAUACGAUCCGAGUUCUUCGGUUCAGUAAUGAGCGACUGUCAACUUGCAGUGAAUGGGAGAGGCUCUGUCCAGGCAGAAUGGAGACAUCCACCUCACAAAACCUUGCCUUAUGUGAACAACACUGCCAUCAUUAAAGUAAUCCUCCCCCUCCUUUGCAAAGUGCCAUCUACCCCUCAAGUCUAUAAAACAGAAUUGCCAUCACUAGCUCUAGUCUGUUCUGUUCUGUUCUGUAAAUUAAAAACAAUAAAAAUUGUGUUCCUCAA